AUCUCUUUCGAUCCCUUUUCCUUGUUGUUUUCUGUUGAUUAGGGCUCAGCGGGGCACGUCUGUCCCCUCUGCUCCACUCGUGAAUAAUUUCUCCAGAGCUCGGAUCCGCCACGGGUUUCGACACCCCUUCUCCAUCCCUUUUCCGUUUCCCAAGUCACCCCACCAUCAUGCCCAUCAACUACCUAAUUCUCCUGUCCCGCCAGGGCAAAGUGCGUCUGGCCAAGUGGUUUACUACUCUCUCUCCCAAGGAGAAGGCCAAGAUCAUCAAGGAUGUGACCCAGCUGGUUCUGUCGCGUCGCACGCGCAUGUGCAAUUUCCUCGAAUACAAAGACUCCAAGGUUGUCUAUCGUCGCUAUGCCUCCCUCUUCUUUAUCGCCGGAUGUUCCUCGACCGACAACGAAUUGAUCAGCCUCGAGGUGGUCCACCGCUACGUCGAACAAAUGGAUAAAUACUACGGGAAUGUGUGUGAGCUGGACAUCAUCUUCAAUUUCCAAAAGGCCUACUUCAUCCUGGAUGAGCUGUUACUGGCCGGAGAAAUGCAAGAGAGUAGUAAGAAGAAUGUGCUCCGCUGCAUCAGUCAACAAGACAGCCUGGAAGAUAUGGAGGUUGAGGAAGAUGUGGUCACAAAGAUUAUGUAG